CAAUUGACUGUAGUGGAAUUAGGCUGUAAUUCAAUCCCUUUAAACUUGCAGCGAUUAUUGUUCCCCUUUAGAUUCGCGGCCAUGAGUUUUGGAUUUGUUACUUGUGGUCCGAACGAGGCCCUUGUAGUUUCAGGAUGCUGCUACAGCAAACCUCUUUUGGUACCCGGCGGCCGGGUAUUUGUAUGGCCUAUCGUUCAGCAAGUGCAAAAAAUCUCAUUGAACACCAUGACUUUACAAGUAGAAAGUCCAACUGUAUAUACGUGUCAAGGAGUUCCGAUAUCUGUGACGGGAAUAGCGCAGGUGAAGAUACAAGGACAAAACGAAGAAAUGCUUUCAACCGCGUGCGAACAGUUUCUUGGGAAAUCGGAAGAAGAGAUUCAUAAUAUCGCCCUUGUUACGCUAGAGGGACACCAACGAGCAAUAAUGGGAAGCAUGACUGUGGAGGAAAUAUACAAGGAUCGCAAAAAGUUCAGCAAGGAGGUUUUCGAAGUAGCAAGCAGCGAUCUAGUCAACAUGGGCAUUACAGUUGUGUCCUAUACAUUAAAAGAUAUCCGAGACGAGGAAGGGGCAAAGGGAUAUCUGAAGGCCCUUGGAAUGGCGCGGACCGCUGAAGUGAAACGCGACGCGAGGAUGGGAGAGGCGGAAGCUCGCAAAGACGCUCAGAUCCGCGAAGCCAUAGCCGAGGAGCAAAGAAUGGCCGCUUGUUUCCAAAACAACACCGAGAUUGCCAAAGCGCAACGAGACUUCGAACUGAAAAAGGCCGCUUACGACGUCGAAGUGCAAACUAAAAAAGCGGAAGCAGAGAUGGCGUACGAGUUACAAGCCGCUAAAACCAAGCAAAGAAUCAUGGAGGAACAGAUGCAAGUGAAGGUGAUAGAACGCGGACAGGAGAUCGCGGUGCAGGAGCAAGAAAUGUUGAGACGCGAAAAAGAAUUGGACGCGACCGUACGACGACCAGCGGACGCAGAAAAAUACAGGUUGGAAAAAAUGGCGGAAGCGAAUAAACUGCGUUUGAUAAUGGAAGCGGAAGCGGAAGCGAAGGCAAUAAAAAUUCGCGGCGACGCGGAAGCUUUUGCUAUCGACGCGAAGGCUAAAGCGGAAGCGGAGCAAAUGGCGAAGAAAGCUGCUGCAUGGAAAGAGUACAAAAGUGCUGCUAUGAUAGACAUGAUACUCGAUACUCUUCCAAAAGUCGCUGCUGAAGUCGCAGCACCUUUGUCGCAAGCAAAGAAAAUAACAAUGGUUUCCAACGGAAGCGCCACUAUCGGAGCAGAGAAAUUAACCGGGGAAGUUCUUAGUAUCGUCACACUUGUACCGGAUAUGGUUAAGACUUUAACUGGCAUCGAUAUUGCACAGUCUAUUCAUGCUGCAUAAACACGGUAUAUGAAAAUUCCGAACACUUCCUGGCCACAUCCGUACUUGUACGAUGUAUUUAACGAAUCUUUGAUAUAUACAUUUAUUUAAAAUAUGCUGUUGCAUAUUAGAGUCAAUUUAUAAGUUUCAACUCGAUGAUAUUUCGUUGAACAACGGAUUCACUACUUUCACUGCCAAUUACUUGCGUGUAAUAGAAAUGGAAUUUAAUUAGCGGCAAUUUUGAAUGAAUAUUUUGAAGAUAAGUAAAUUGAAAUCGGUGUGCAUUUUCGAAAAUAGAUUAUAGAUCGUGAAUAUAUUCGCACAAGUUUCAUAUUCCGUGAUUUCAUUUAUCUGCAGGCAGUUGUAAAUACUUGCGUUACAGGAGGGCAGUGAACGUGUGUUUCAUUUAACCAAAUCAUGUAAUAAUUAUAAUACUUUAUCGUUAUAAUUACGUUAAGAUGUAAGUUUAAAUCGAUCAGAUUUUAUUUUCUAUUAUUAGCGUUUUUUGUCCAAUCAGUAUUUUAUGCACUUAGAAGAGAAGAGAGCAACAAUAUAAUGAAAUAUAUCUUUUUGAAUCUCGUAUUGACCAAAGACGGUCCAAGUUUUGUCCACGCGUAUAUAACUUUGCCACUAUGUGCCGAAACAUUCCUCCAAAUAUGCUAUAUGUACCUUCCGAUUAUAUUGAUACAAUUAACGGGUAUCAGCGUUCUAGAAACGAAAGUGCUAAUAUCCGAAACUCGUUCAAUGUGGUUUGAUGUUGAGUAAUUACGUCUAGUCCCCGAAGUUUAAAUAUCUUUACAUUUAGUUAUAACUUCCUACAUUUAAAGAUGCAUUAAUAUAUUUUGCGUCGAUUUUAGCUAGAAUUUACUGUGAUCUAACUCUUUGUACGGAAAAAAAAAAAAAGAAAUUAUUCAUAGUUCCCGAGACAUGUUCGAGAGCUUUGACGACAAAAUUUGUAUGACCAAUUUGA